AUGGUAAAUGAACAAAUCCCAUUGGAUUCCCGUAUUGUUAUAGUUGGUGCCGGUACUUUUGGACUUUCCACCGGUUUGGAGCUUUUGAGAAAAGGGUACAAGACUGUUACUCUUGUUGAUCCUUACCCCCCUCCAUCCCCAUUAAGUGCUGGUAACGAUGUCAACAAGAUAGUCCAGUCCACCGUUGAUAACAAGUUUCUUUCGGAAUUGGCGUUGGAAGCUUUACAACUUUGGAGAAAUGAUCCAAUCUACAGAGAUGCGUUCCACGAGACUGGAAUUAUCUACGCUGCUACAAACGAAAAGAUACACGAUAUUCAGGAUAGAAGAAAGAGGUUGGAAAAAUUAGGAAUUGAGCACUCGGCCUUGGAUGGGUCACAAGAUUUUGCCAAAGUUAUUCCAAGUUUGACUGGUUCUAGAUUCAGGAAUUGGGUAGGUUUCCACCAAAAGAAGAACUGUGGAUGGGCUUUUGCCAGAUUGGCAUUGGAAUUUGCUGCGAAUGAAAUCAGAAAAUUGGGAGGGCAAUUCGAAAUAGCCAAUGUUGAGGAACUCGUGUUCAACCAAGAUACGGUAAUUGGAGUGAGAACAACUACUGGCCAGGUAAUCAAAGGUGACAAGGUGGUGAUUUGUGCGGGAGCCAAAUCGGACCAGAUCUUGGACUUCGAAAACCAGCUAUUAGCCAAAUGCUUUACGGUAGUUCAUAUUGAGCUUUUGCCGUGUGAGGUUGAACUGCUUAAAAACUUGCCCGUAGUAUUGAAUCUUGAUCAAGGCUUCUUCUUUGAGCCCGAUAAGAAAAAUCAUUUGAAGAUCUGCAACGAAUUUCCUGGCUACAUAAAUUUUUCAGAAGACUCGACAAUUUCCAAACCGGUAUAUCUUGAUAAAAUCCCCCAGGAAGCCGAAAAGCAGAUUAGAAUAUUCUUAAAAGAGACAUUCCCAAAUCUAUCAGCUCGCCCAUUUGCGGUGACAAAAAUAUGUUGGUGCACAGAUACUUCCGAUAGGAACUUCCUUAUUGGAACGCACCCAAAGCACAAAAACCUAAUUCUUGGCACGGGAGAUUCUGGACAAGGCUUCAAGUAUAUGCCAGUAAUUGGAAAAUAUAUAGCCAGCGUGGUGUCGAACGGACCAGAAAGUCUACCACCGGAUAUAGAACGGUUUUGGAGAUGGAGACCAGAGAGUACGACUAACAGAGAUGUCUACGAUCUCCAGAACAGGUAUGGUGGAUCUAAUCAGGUGAAAAAUUUGCUAGACAUCAAGCAUUGGAGCAGCAGUAAAAAUAAUAGUAGUGAUGCGGCCAAGUUUUAG